AUGGCUUAUCGCAACAAUAACCGUCGCGGUGGAGGUGGCGGAAACAGUGGAGGCAACAUUGGCGGUGGAGGUGGCGGAGGCGGCGGUGGAAGUGGCGGUGGCAACUUCGGUAACAGCUAUGGCAACCGUAUUAAUCCUUGGGAUACGGGUGUAGGCGGCAAUCGUGGGAACAAUGAUGCCUUUACGUUUGCCAACAGUUUGAUUAACAACCUGCUCCGCAAUCAAAACGCUAACCAGGUACCGUCACUACUGGACGGUGUGCAAUCUUCGCGGUUCGAUGAUAUUAAUGGUUAUAAUUUUAUAAGGAACCGAUACGGCAAAAACCGUAACGUAAAUGGACGUGGCAUUCGCAAACCGGAUGCUGUUGCCCGUUCCAAGAACGUACUGGCAAAGAAUUGCAAUAAACCAUCCAAUAAAGAUGCUCUCGCCAAUGCUUGCACAAGUAAUCGAAAUCUUCAGAGCAAUGGCAAUAAAGGGGCGAAAAAGGGUGGCAACCAAUCCGGUGGCCCACCCGGCGGAUCCAAAGAGAAAACCUCAUCCUCAAAGGUAUCACCGUACAUGGAGGUAUCGAACGAUUUUCUUUACUGUCACAUGUGUGACAAACACAUGUACGACGCUACUUCGUUUGAAAACCACAUCACCGGUCGCACACAUCGUGUCAUGAAGGAAAGCAUCGAGGAAAGCUACCGGAUGCGGGCAACAUUGCUGCGCCAGGAAGCACGUAUCGCAGAGCAGCUGAAGACAAUCGAAAUCGACCGUCUAAAGCGCAUGGGAAAGGCGAAAAAUUACUACAAGGUGCGCGAGUACUGCCCCAUGUGUGAGCUUUUCUUCUACGGGCAUAUAAUUGCCCACCGGCGCUCAGAGAAGCAUCUAGAUUUGAAGAAGUUUCUGCACCCCAAGUGUGACGAUUGCGAAUUGGAGUUUCACAAUCGCACCGAGUACGAUGAUCACUUGCUGUCGGUUGUGCACAUGAAAAACUGUAAAUCAAAACCUAGCCGGCUUGAUAUCGAGCGAAAGGCAAAGCAAUUGAUCAUCUGUACCAUGAACGAUGAGCUGCUGGACAUUCGCGAAGAAACGGCACCCAAAAAGAAAAAAGAUAGAGACGCCUUCGGCUCGUUGGGCGGCAAGAAAAUUGAGGCUGAGGGCAGAUCUGCGAGCAAGCAGACGGCGGGCGAAUCGACACCGAGUGCACCCGAAGAAAAUGGAGAAUCCAGCAAAGGGGAUGAUGACGGCGCGAAUAUGGCGGACGCUACGGUGGAAGACAGCGUCGGGAGCAGCGAGUGUGGAAAGAUGCCGGUUGAGGAUGGCGUUGGGGCGGCCCUGGACGACCCGAAGCUCGAUGAAGAAUGCCCGGAGGAUGAGGUGGCGAAGGAGGAAGAAAGUGAAGACUGCAUAUUGGAUUACAAGCCGGGCGAUGAAAUUGCCCCGGAAAUUGACAACAAGUUGCCUCGCUACAAGAAAACUCGCGCGCUAGGGUUAAGCCUGAUCGGCAAACUGGAAUGCGUAGAAUGCCGGAUCUGUCACAAAUAUUUCGACUCUGAGGCCACCGGUGAGGUGCAUGCUCGAACACAUUCGCAUUACCGCGCAUUUAUUCGUUUUCUGAACGAGAAGGCGAUGGAGGUGCGCAUCGCCCAGAAGCGUACGGCGGUGGCGCUGGAGGAGGCUGAAGCAGCCAAGAAAAAGCAGAAGCUGGCUGACGAGAAAAAGUGCGCCGAUGAGCACAACGGCGACCAGGCUAACAAUGGCGAGACCGAGAAAAAGGAUUCGGAGCUUUACGAUCCAUCGGAAGCCACAGAAUCUGGCGAUGCCAGCAUGGCCGAGGACGGCAAGAGUGACGACGGCCAGAACGGAUCAGAGCAAGCGGAACCAAUGGACACGGAAGCAGCGAUGGAUGGCGCCGAUAAGGACAGUGACGGUCCGGUCGCAACAACCGGCAAUGACGACGAAGCUGGCGGACAGGCGGAGGUGGAUUCUGGCAAGGAUGAUUCCAAGGACGAAAAAUCCAAUCCUAAGGGUGGAAAUCGUCGGGGACGGAAUGCUCGAUCAGGACGAUUUUCGGGACGUUAUUAGGCGAUCUCUAGGAACCUUCAAGAGAAUGCAAUGAGCUAGCUAGGGAGAAGCAAGUAUUGAAAAUGGAAAGUUAAUUCUUUGAACCCCGCUACUCGCUAGAUCAAAUGCUAUGUUGCUGCCUCUGAAUGGCAGAUACACAUGUUUCUAACCUCAGAUUUAAAUGAUGCACUCUUUCUCAAAAUUAACAUUGCGCGAUCGUGAAUCGUCGUUCGUACAGCAGGCAUAUGCGAUGGGAAACACACCUAACGAAAUGCACUCUUACGCAAUGGGAGAUCCCAUGCGCCAGUUGAGAGCGCGUAAGUGAUACACGUGAAUUUUUGCCAGCCAUCAUCUUAGGUAUAUAACAUAGUACGUACGAGCGCAUACGGCGCAUGCUCCCGAUGCAUAACGAUAAUCUGAUGUUUGUUCCUGCAAAUAGCGCGUUUUCUUAACACGGUAUCCCUAGCAACCAUGUUACGUACCCCAAAGUAGGCCUCAGGUGUGUCAACCAAACCAAGUGUUUUCGCUACCAGUGGUUGGGUGGUUGGACACCCAAAGCACGCUUACGUAGCAAACACCACAAGGACAGGGUCUAUGUGAACUAAAUGUAAGUGUGUAUAUGUGUGUGUGUGUAUGUAUGUGUGUAGCGCUACUCAAGGAUCAAGGAUCAUCCAUACAGAUCGAUACCAUGCAUAGAUCACUUGCGAAAGGACGCACUGCUUUCACGAACAAGCGAGGUGAGUGGGCAUUUACUAUCGAAUGUUUCGCAAGCAGAAGUAGCAAAACAUUUAGAAUUGACUGAUGCGAGCAGUAUUACGAGCAGAUUCAUUCAAAUUAAAUGUCCGAUCCGAACAGCGAGAUUCGUGCUCUGUUCGUUGUUUAGCGAUGUUCACGUAGUAGCUCUGUGAAUGUUUGAUACCACGCCCAUGUUGAGGUCCUAGUACGAGUGAUACUAAAGUAUAUUCUUUCACUCCGUACUGCUGCUUAUAUAUGUAUUCUGCGCUGAACAGUUCUGCUGAGAGACGAUGUGUUUUUUUUUGUGUAUUUCCACGAAUGGUGCGUCUGCGUGCAUCAUAUAAUAACUGCUUGUUAAUAAUAGUAGCAGGGUUCGCUCGUAGCCUAACCAUGACACAGUAAGCAAAUUCACAGUCUUAGACAAGUCUCUCACAUAAAUGUGCAACCGUUUCUCUUUUCACUCUAGCACCGAGCCAAUUCAUAACCAAUGUAUUGAUAUGUAUGCAUGCAAUUUGAUCCACGUAAGCGUAAAGCUCGAUAAAGGACUGCAUCGGAGGAAAGUAAGAAACGCGCGAAAAGAAGUUCGCAUGUUUGGAAUUGUUGAAGACCGGUUCUCGGUCCGGGAAGCCACUGGUAGCCACUAAUGACAUUUUCCGACGUUUUCUCCCGAGGCCCUGUCUGCGAAUAAAUGUUCAAUCAGCAAUAACGAGGCAUCAGCGACGAGGUGGCGGCAGUAGGAACGUUUUCUAAUAUAUUUAAAAGAUUAUUCCGCAAAGUGGAGUGCGAGCAGUAAACGUUGAAAAUGCGCAACCACACCAAACCGCUUUUAAUUGUGUAGUGCAGCAGACCUACGCGUGGAAAAAGAUGCCGUAUUUCAAGCAAAGCACAAUUUUGUCCUCUUUUCCGCAACAUGUCAUACAUAUAAAGCCCUUGAUGAUGCGAUGUUAUCCGAAUUCCUUCCCGCUUGCGUUUAGCUGUGUAAUAAUCCAAUUGUUUUCCUUUCUCUCACUGUAAUGCACCGAACCGGUACAAAAUCAGUCUACCAGUGAAAGUCCAUACGCAGAACGGCACACUACACGCAGGAGGCACAUAACUGCAGCGCACAUGAAUGCAUGAAAACACAAGAAGCAAAAUAAACAAAAAAAAUAUAACUAUACACAACCCACACACCGCAAACACGAUCAUGAAUCCCUUCAACAGGAAUACAGUAUACAUAGCAAUCCGAGCAUCUGGUCUGGUAUAUCUGGUGCUGUGUAGUGAUUGUUUCGUAGGCAAAUGUAAACGUUCAGCAUAAAAAAUAAUUAUCCAGCAAAGUAAAGGCAACCAUACUGCAACCUUAAUAUUGAACUAAAUUCAUUCACCACGUGCAAAUCCAUGCAAUAAACUACACAAUUUACCACAGUAAUGUAUGUGGCCUUCCGGUAUGCUCCUGAAUGGCUAUUAAUUAGCAUUUAUUGUAUUGAAACAUAGGCGCGUUGAAAUACGCUAACGCUAGCCGUUGCUUAUGGCAAAAGUAAAGCAAGAAGCGGCAUUUUUUUCUCCACAAAAGAGCGACAGCUGCACCUUUGGUGCAUCGGCGGGCUAAGGCUAGAAAUCUCCAACAACCGGAGGGUGUGGUUGGGUCGGGUGCAGAUCGUAAACGUAAGCGACAAUGGCAAUGAAAAAUUCUGAAAUUCAGAACUCCGUUCAAAACGGGCAAAAUGCAAGAUUUACAUAUUAUAUAGUUCGUAAAUGCAAUGAGCAAAAUGCGCCUGUGCGUACAACAAACGCUGCAUAAAAAGGCCCGCUAGCUAUAGUAGCUAAAUUUUGCUAAAAAAAAUCGAGCGUGGGGUCUAAAGAAAGAGUGAGAUUUGAGGAAAAAAAACUAUUGUUACAACAAAUUCGAUUGUAAUAGCACACGUGUAAGAGGAAUUCUUUCAGAGUAAUGUAACGAAGGCGGCUACUCAUUGAAAGAGAAGGGAACUAGUCUCGGGUUUCACAGGACCUUGAUGGAGGAAAAGCAAAACAUCUUGCUCUGGAGCCUGGUUAGAUAUUUUGCUAUUUCGGAUUUACAGAGAUUGCCUGGGUCAAGUGAACAGAACCGCCGAAGAAAGGCUCGCAACAGUCAUAACCAAGUAACAUUAGAUUGUGUUGUAUGCAGGUACUCAAAGAACCGAAAAAAAAAACAAACAAGAUGCAAGACGAAACGGUAGUGGAAUGACAAAACUGUUCCCGAACUGGUAAAAA